UUGUGAGGGAACAGGAAUCAACAAUACGAUCGGUGCGGUUGACUGAGUGAAAGACACACAUCACCGCAAACAUAUAUAUUCGCUAUUCGAUCAUAUCUGGAAUUAUACUAUUUAUUGGAUCAAAAUGGAGGAAUAAGAACGUUGUUAAUUUUAGAGAUUAAGAAGCACAACAUCAAGAAAGUGCGAUGCAGAGUCUGCGACCUAGAGAUAGAUUGGAAAAUGUUAGAAUUCAUUCUCCAGAAGUGAGGGAGAUAUUACUUGACGAUGCACGCGAAAAUGAUACCCAGAAAUUGUUCACUAAAAGACACACAUGGAGGAGGAAACUAGAAGAAUUACCAGAGCAAACCGAACCAUCCUGUUCAUCUCCUCAGCGUCCUUGGAGUACACCCAUAGCUAGCAGGACCAGUAUGAUGUCAGCAGGAAGCGCUGGAUCGGCUCUAGAUCAAACGGCUAAGAUACAGAACUGGUUAUGUCAGAAAGCUGUCAGACAUGUACAGGAGAAAGCAGAUCCAGAAUCAAAAGAAACCAAGAAGAUGUAUAUGGGAGUUUUGAAUACAGAGAAAACAUUUGUCAAAGAUGUAGACAACUACUUGAUGAACAAAGAUUUUCUUGAUCUGCGUAAGAAGGAGAUGCUUUACAAGAAAUGGAGUGAGAAGAUUUGGGAGCCAAUAGAUAGCAGUAUAUAUAAAGAGAUGAAGAACUACCCCAAGGUGGAUAAGAGGAAAAGAAGUAUAUAUAAGGAAUACCUCAGGCAUGGCAAUAAAAAGGGAUUUGUAUUUCUAGAUACCUAUGACACACAGGAGUAUAAUCCUAUGAAGCUUGUAGUUCCUAGACCAGCCCCUCUUAAGAUCCAUAGGAACACCCAAGAGGACCCGACAUUGCAACAGGAACGAGAGAGGAAUAAUGAAGACAGGACUACCCUAGCUUGCCAAACAGGUGAAGUUUUACCGGACAAAGCAGUAGAGCGCCACCGCUUGCCCCCGCUCCCGUUGGUACCGCUUGGUCGUCAUGGUACCGAGUGUGCUACAUGGUUGGCCAUGCCUCUACAUGAUAUAGAAAGCCCUGUCAGACUAGCUAGCAGACGAAGAAUGCAUGGUGUUUUCAAUGAUACCCAUUAUGAUUUCUCUCAGCCUUUUUAUGAUCCUGCGAACGUCAGACUACAUCAACAAUCUCUGCAAUCAUCGCCUCAAUCACAAGCAGCUGUUGCAUCUUAACGCUGGAUAAGAUGUAUUUUAUUUGUGUAUUUUAAAAAUGUUUUAUAGAUCUAUGGCUUGCUUUACUCCACAUCAUUUAUGCAAAGUUUGUGAAGCUGUGCUCUGCUUUUGUAUUUGCAGAUGUGAAAUCUGUGUCUAGUUUGUGUUUUGUGAAAAAAGAUUACAAGUGCUGUAUUUGUGCUUCGCAUUUGGUAUACUUUUGAUAAGUAUUUUGAAGAAUUAUUUAUGCAGUGUAAAGAAGUCAGCAUUUUAAGACAAAUUGACAUGCUCAUCAAAGUCUAGCAUAUGUUUUUAUUUUUCUAUGUGUAGAUUUCAUUAGAUUCAUUCACUUGAUACUAUCAAAUUUCACCGUCCAUGCAUCCACUAAGCUUCAGAAUAUUUUGAACAACAUGCUUUAUACAAAAUGCUGGUUGCAACUAUGCAAUUGAAACUAGUGUGCCAUUGUGCCCAAUGAAACUUAAAUCAUAGCAUGUCAUGAAUUUUGAUAUAUGACAGGUGUGUGGCCAGGCUGCAUUGAUUAAAUACUUCCUAUUUUUAAAUUGUGAUUAUACAUGUAAAUGUAAAAUUUGAAUCAAAAUUAUGCAUUUGGAGGGUGAUUAACCUUGCAGAAUGUCAGGUACUUUUUAAAGAAAAUUUAUUACCAACAUUGGAAACAUUUUUUUUUUAUUCCAGUACUUUAUUUGUAUUUUUAAUGCAGACCCUUUGAGUCAGACGAACAAAUUGUGAAGUGUCUUGAUUUGAGUGAAAUGCCUUGCACUUUGUAUUCAAAUAAUAAUGCACAAGUGACCUUUAUAUCAUGCAAUUUCAUCUGCCUUUAUGUUUGAAUUUUAAUUGUGCUAGAGGAAGUAAUAGACUAAUAUAUUUGUUGUAAAGUUCUGGAUU